AUGAACACCAGUCCAGGUGAAAUUGGUAAGAAGUUUUUAAAAUCUAAAACUAAAAAAGUAGAAAACACGCGUAAACGAAAACUAUUUCAAGAAUAUAAGCCUAAAAAGUUGGUAUGUUCUGGUCCAGACCAAUAUUACGGAUUAGUUGAGGCUUUAGUUGAAGAUAUUACACCGGAGGAAAUGAAUAAAAAAAAAAUAGCUUUCUUGGACACACUUUCAUUGACUCCGUCCGAUAGACUAGUAUUAGAAUUUGAAACUAGACUUCAAUCAAAUUCUCAAAGGUGGCAUAAAGAAAGACGCAAUCGUUUAACUGCUUCGAACUUUGGACGAAUAUGCAAAAUGCGAACAACGACAUCAUGCAAAAAUGUAGUUUAUGAUCUAUUAUAUAGAUCUUUCUCGUCAAAAUCCACAGAGUAUGGAAAAUCAAUGGAACCACUGGCCAUAAAAGAAGCAAAAAAAAAAAUUGGUCAAACAAUAAAUACAUGUGGUCUUUUUAUUGAUACUAAAAAACCAUUUUUAGCUGCUACACCUGAUGGAAUAAUAGAUGACUGUUUAGUCGAAAUAAAAUGUCCGUUUUCAGCAAAAGAUUGUGACAGUUAUGUAGAAGCUAUCAAUGAAAAAAAACUUCCCAACUAUACCUUGAUCGGUGACGAAUUGCGCUUAAAAUCUAGUAGCAAUUAUUACUACCAAGUACAAGGCCAAAUGCGUGUAUGUCAAAAAACCAAAUGCUAUUUUGUUAUUUACACCAAUAAAUGGAUAAAUAUCGAGUGUAUUAAUUACGAUGAAGAAUUUUGGCAGAAAAAUAUGGAGUCUAAGUUAGAAAAAUUUUACGAAGAAUGUUUACUACCUAAAAUUGUUGAUUCUUAA